AUGUUCACCGGGAGGUCUGAUGUGCCUCCUUCACUGGCACGGUCGGCAAGACCCGAUGGCCAUGAUCCACCAAUGAGCCCUGGGUCUAUCAACCGCGUCUUCCCCAUACGCUCGGCGGUGUCAAUUGACCCUGCGGCUACCCCUCUGCCCCGAGGUGAGGACGGGAGUGGUUUUCCGGGAAUGCGCCUGCCAUCCGGUGGAAGGACUACAGACAGAUCAGCUGGCACUACCGGUGCAGCCACAGCAGAUGGUCGCGCAAUUUCCAAGGCUGUCAAUGUUGACGGUCAACUACUCAACAGGAUUCUGCGCGAUGACGCCUCCCAAAAGUCAGAUUACUCAAGCACAAGUGGCGGAGUGCCCCUCCAGAUGCCUCAAGAACCGGGCUUGGUGACGGCACGAUUCAAGCAUGUUGUCACAGAUGGGGGCCAUGCUGUCAUCACUGGGAGAGAUGGCGAAACGCUACAAAGAUGCGAGGAUGAGCCCAUACAUAUCCCAGGCGCCAUUCAAAGUUUUGGGCUUCUUGUGGCCCUCCGAGAGGAAGGCGAGAGGCUUGUAGUUCGAGUUGCCAGCGAGAAUUCCCAACAAAUCAUAGGUUACACCCCUCAGCAGCUCUUCGGACUCGAUUCUUUCCUUGACAUUUUCAGUGAAGAACAAGCCGACAAUUUGUUGGAUCAUCUUGACUUCAUUCGGGAUGAAGGCAGUGCGGACGUGGUUGGAAACGGUCCUGAUGUUUUCAUGAUAUCCCUUCGGCCUCCAGGAUCCCGAACACGAAAACUCUGGUGUGCAAUGCAUAUGCCCGAGUCUGAUCCCGGUUCGAUCAUCCUCGAGUUCGAGAUCGAGGACGACCAGGUCAACCCGCUUGCCCCAAAGGAGGAGACGACUCCAGAAGCACCCGGAGAUACUCUGGGGAGUCAACCUACCGCAGAGGAGCUCGUUGACAGUACAGUGAACAUCAGCAAGCCUCUGCGCAUAUUACGAAGCGCUCGCAAGAAAAGGACUGAAGCCGCAGCGAUGGAAGUGUUUAACAUCAUGUCACAGGUUCAGGAACAACUUGCAAAUGCUCCUACCUUGCCAAUCUUCCUGAAAGUGGUCAUCGGCAUUGUCAAGGAGCUGACGGGUUUCCAUCGGGUCAUGGUCUACCAGUUCGAUCAGGCGUGGAAUGGACGUGUCGUCGCCGAGCUAGUGGACCCAAGGGCAACACGAGAUCUCUACAAAGGCCUCCAUUUUCCAGCAUCAGACAUCCCAAGCCAGGCACGAGAUCUCUACAAGAUCAACAAAGUUAGGCUACUAUACGAUCGGGAUCUCGAGACUUCGCGCCUGGUGUGCAGGACCAUGGAAGAUCUGGAGAAGCCGCUCGACAUGACACACGCCAAUUUGCGAGCAAUGUCGCCUAUUCACUUGAAAUAUCUCGCCAACAUGGGCGUGCGGUCUUCAAUGUCCAUCUCGAUUAACGCGUUUGGUGAACUGUGGGGUUUGAUUUCCUGUCACUCGUAUGGACCCAAAGGCAUGAGAGUAUCCUUUCCUAUACGCAAAAUGUGCCGCUUGGUGGGUGAAACGGCUUCUCGUAAUGUCGAGCGUCUCUCCUAUGCUUCCAGAUUACAGGCGCGCAAGCUCAUCAAUACAACCUCCUCUGCUGCGAACCCCUCGGGGUAUAUUGUAGCAUCGUCUGACGAUCUUCUGAAGCUCUUCGAUGCGGAUGUGGGUGCUUUGUCCAUUCGUGAUGAGACUAAAAUCCUGGGAAAACCUCGGGGUCACCUCCAAGAGGUGCUCGCCAUGGUUGAGUACUUGAGAAUGAGGAGGGUCAGUUCGGUAUUUUGUUCUCACGAUAUUGUGAAUGACUUUCCCGAUUUGCGCUAUGAACCUGGCUGGAAAUUCCUCGCCGGUGUGCUGUUCGUGCCUCUUUCAAAUGGCGGCAAUGAUUUUAUUGCCUUUUUCCGCAGAGGCGUCAGGCAAGAAGUGAAGUGGGCUGGAAACCCUUAUGAGAAAUUCGUCAAGGAGGGCACCGAAGGCUAUUUGGAACCGAGGAAAAGCUUCAAGGCGUGGAGCGAGACCAUCGUCGGCCGGUGUCGAGACUGGACCGACGAAGAAGUUGAAACAGCCUCGGUCUUGUGUCUAGUGUACGGUAAAUUCAUCGAUGUCUGGCGACAGAAGGAGGCGGCCUUGCAGAACUCACAACUUACUCGUCUCCUCCUCGCCAAUUCUGCCCAUGAAGUCCGGACGCCCCUGAACGCCAUCAUCAACUACCUAGAGAUAGCGUUGGAGGGUCACCUGGAUCAGGACACGCGUGACAACUUGUCCAAGUCCCAUUCCGCUUCGAAGUCAUUGGUGUAUGUGAUCAACGAUCUUCUCGAUCUGACCAAGACGGAAGGUGGCCAGAAUCUGGUGAAGGAAGAAUCGUUCGACCUCCUGCAUACAUUACAAGAAGCGACCGAGCCAUUCGUUGGAGACGCCAAACGCAAGGACCUGAAGUACGAAGUUCACAUAGCGGAGGAAUUGCCUCACCAUGUGGUGGGUGAUCAUCGACGAGUGCGGCAGGUGAUAUCUAAUCUCAUCUCCAACGCUAUACAACAUACUAGCAGAGGACAAGUGACGGUAGAGGUCUCGGAGCUGGCAGCGGCCCAGCCUCAGGGUAAGACCGAGGUAGAAAUUGUCGUCGAAGAUACGGGGGCAGGAAUGUCUCAGGCAAAAGUUGAUGCUCUCUUUAGGGAGCUUGAAGAAGUAACCUACGAGGAGGAAGCGUCAGAGUCGAGAUUGCUCUCGGCGGAUCCAUUCCGAGACCAGGCUGGGCAGGAUCAAGUGGCCUUAGGACUGGGACUUGCGGUAGUUGCUCGCACUAUUCGAAACAUGAGCGGGCAGCUGAGGGUCAAAACCGAAGAAGGGAAAGGUUCUCGCUUUGUCAUCGUCCUGGCGUUCGAUCUUGAUUUGAAGCAAUCUGCACUUCCUGAAGAGCAUUCAGUCCGGUCACUACCAGCUGCAGGGGCCUCCACCCCGUCCUCGCCUGCGCCACAGGACGGUGAGGUAACUCUGGUCUACAGAAAUCCGACGUUGCGCCCCGAGUCAACGACCAUGACUCGGAAAGCAAGUACCGAGAGCAUGAAAAGCCUCACAAGCUUGAAGAGUGGCAAGAGCGCUCUCAGCAUCAAAAGUGAAGCCAGUCAAAAGAGCGACGCGGAGAGGCUCAUCGACGCAAUUCAGGAGCCUUUGAAACUGUCGGGCGAAACGCCGGGUACGCCACAGAGUCAUGGCCGGAAACGGUCAGCAUGCUCUGCUGGGGGCUUGCCAAUGUCGCCCACCAAAGCCAGGAGCAAGGAAUUGAAGUCGGCCUUUCAUAGAUCACCAGGAGUCAGGACGAUUAAAGAUUCGGGAACGCCACUGCGACCGGUCAGAGUGCCAGACGAUUAUCAGGAAUUGGGGAAUGACCCGAAGAUAGGGUCCAAGGUGCUUUUUGAAGAGCCCGAAUCCGUCGCCACCUCGUCCGUGACGACCGAAGGCGAUAUGUCACUCUCUCACGACAAUUUGGCGAUCCUGGUCGCAGAAGACGAUCCCAUCAACAGCAGAAUCAUGAAGAAGCGGCUGGAAAAGCUGGGCCAUUCCGUUCGGUUGACCGUGAAUGGAGAGGAAUGCUCAUCCGCGCACGCUGAGCAGCCUGUGUCCUUUGACGCUGUUCUGAUGGACUUGCAAAUGCCCAUUGUGGAUGGAUUUAGUUCGACCAAGAUGAUUCGAUCCUUUGAAAAGACGCAUCCUAACACCUGCUUGUCCAGUAGGGCUGGGCCCAACGGCCGAAUACCCGUCUUUGCAGUCUCGGCGUCGUUGGUGGAGAGGGAACGCGACAAGUAUAUCCAGAGUGGCUUCGAUGGCUGGAUCCUGAAGCCAGUCGACUUCAAACGAGUCGACGAAUUGCUUAGGGGCAUUGUGGAUGCCGAAGUGCGGUCCAGUUGUCUUUAUCAAUCGGGCAAGUGGGAACGCGGAGGUUGGUUUGAACCACGGAGAGCACUCGGCGAUGCGUUCCAUGUGGACACGAGACCGAGUGAGGAAAAGCCGACAGCACAGACAGACCAAGGUCCACAUGAUGGUUCCGCCGAUGCUAUAUCCGAUGAAAUGGCAACACCGACCUCAGAACACACCGUGGUAAUGAACACGCAGACUUCAUGA